AUGGCCGGAGCCAGCGGUGGGGGAGGAGCGCAGAGCUUUACAGAUGUUCACACCAGCUUGGCAGGGCACACGGCCUGGCUGGGCGCACGCCAGCUGGGCAGCCCCUGGCAGGCCGGCGUGGGGCUCCAGCCUGCGUUCCUGCUGAGUCAGAGCGUGGAGCAGAGCACGGAGCCAGCAGCAUGCACUCCGGCCGCACCGCCCCUCCCUCCCCGGCACCCGGGGGGGGACCCCAGACACUGCAAGUCGCCCCGGAAGCAGGCCAGGCCCCCGCCCCACACACCGGGCCCUCUGGAGCCCGGAACGCAGGGGCACCUCCACACACGGUGGGGGUGGAAGGGUGGCAGCCCCGGGCCGCUCCAGCCAUCCCCCUGCCUCUGCGCUGCAGACGGCUCACAGCGGCGCCUGGAGAGCCCUCCCCUCCUGCGUCCUCCCUGCCGGAAGGAACUGUGGCGAGCUCCUCCAGGCCGAGAGCCGUUCCACCCCUAG